CGGUUGGAAGAUCUAGGGCUGUACGAGGAGGCAGGGCCCCUUCCUCCCCAUGACGCCACCCAGUUGUAUCGCAGCAACCAGCUUUAAGGAAGUGACGUGGGCACACCGCGGUUACUUAAGUGGGUGCCCACAGGAAAUAAAUUGCAUUUCACCGUUCACCACAUUGGCGUCACGUGUGUUAUGUCCGGCCAGUUUGUAAGUACCGUCGUGGUCUUGCUCCGAACCAGGUUGCACUUGCCCCAGUAUUUUAAAAGGCAACAAGUGGUGCUGAAACCCGGGAGUGCCCCCCGACACACGGUGCGUGUGCACUCUGGGUGACGGGAGACACGCUGGAGGAGGAGACGAUCGAAGCAGUUGGGCUGACUUCGGCGGGGAGGACAUUCCCAGUACCGCCGGGAUGGACUCAAUCGGCAAGGUAAUUGCAGAAAUCUAUAAACAGUGGGGUAUUGAAUGUAAAUUCAAGGAUUUUGGAUGCGCAAUCAUGCGACUGCUAAAAUUAGGAAUCAUUGAUUGUCCCGUGGAUGUUCUGCAUUCGGGAUGUUGGGAAAAGUGUACAAAUGCUCUCUCCAAAGACGUCAUCGCGUCUGGCACUGGUAAAUGUCUUAAAAGUUGGGGGAAGGUAAUUCAGGCACUAGAAAAAGCGUUAACAGAACAGGAAACUUGGAAAGCAGCUCAACAAUGUUUAAAAAUAACUCCAAAGCUGGGUGUGGGAGCCACUACUCAGACCACGUUUAGUGAUUGUUUUGCGAGUUUGGAAUUGUCAUCUAAAACUAACAACCUUCCGCAAUUGCGGUCCCAAUCUCCCACCCCUGUCCCCAAUUCAGCACCUAACCCUAACCCACAGCUAAGCUGCGACAAUUCCCCAGACUCUGAGGGUAGUGUUAGCAAUGCAGGCACAAAACAAGUCUGCAAUAGACCACCACCCUAUGUGCCACAAUAUGGCGCCAAGACAGAAGUAGAAGGGCCAGGAACCUUUUCCCACCGUGGUCAUGCGUGGUCGUAAAUGCGAGGGGGGAGGUGCGACCCAUGACUGGGAGGAGAAACUGGGACCCAAUCAGAAAGCGCGCCUCCUUUAUAAGGCCGAGAAAUCUCUAGAAGGGAGGCAGAAUAAGGAAAGUAGAGGUUCCACCCACCAAAAAUCCAGAGGGCGGAGCCCAACUAAAAGGUGCAGUCGACAGGAAGUCUCUGACCAUUCCUCUUCCUCCCAGUCGGAGGAAGAGUUUGAGCGGGCCCGAGAGCCGCUUUGGGUCAAGUGGUAGGGUGAGCUUAAAAGCAAAGGACAAUGCCCCUCUUGCGCAAAGUCCGAUUCUGACUCGGACUCCGAUUAAGACAUGGAUCCUAUACCAGUGGCCUUCACCAAACCUACAGGCCCACCCACACUCCGUACAAGCAAAAGACUUCUUUAAACCUAUGGCCCUAACAGACUGGAAAAAGGUUCAAACGGGACUUGCUGAGUUACCCGAAGCUGCAGCGCAAAUAUUUCCAGUCAAAAGACUAGACAAUAAUUUACCAGCUUAUUCCCCGGUAAACCCCAAGGACGUACAGGCAGUUGCCAAAGCCAUCGCUGAAAAAGGGAUCAACUCUGCUAUGGUCUCCACUCUUAUUGACGGCCUUUUCGGUAAUGAUGACAUGCUCCCCUUUAAUAUUAAGCAAACAUGCUGCAUGAUUUUUGACGGGGCAGGAAUGAUCGUCUUUAAACAAGAGUGGGAAGACAACUUAGAAAAAAUGCUCGCCAAAGCCAGCGGAGACCAGCACCCACAGCGCAACUCCAGUCUAAUGCGACUGAUGGGCCGAGGCCCACAAAUGGUCAGUCCCCAAGCACAGGCACAGGGUUUGCGAGCCUCUGAAAUCGCCGCUACAACCCGUGCCACGAGAGAAGCCAUCCGCACUGCUUGCAGAGUGGUUGCCCAGCCGUCUCCAUGGACCACCAUCAGGCAGACUGAAAGCGAACGCUUCACUGCAUUUGUCGACCGCCUCCAGGCAGCCGUAGAUGCCUCAGACCUGCCACCGGAAGCAAAAGGACCAGUACUCGAGGGGUGCCUGCGACAACAAUGUAAUCAAUCGACCAAAGAACUACUACGGUCAGUGCUACCUGGUGCCAGUCUCGUGACAAUGAUUAAACAUGUUGUCAAAGAAGAAAAUUUAGCUCCGGUCCAAGCCGUGGUUGGCGCUGCAGUAGCUCCACUUCCAGCCGCAGUCAGUGCCACAGUGGCUGAGGUAAUGGCCAUUCAAAACCGCUAUAACCACAGCCAGCCUCUGCCUACAGAUCUCCCUCCGCCAAGACCAAGAGUACCUUGCUGGAUCUGUGGAAGGGAAGGACACAUCGCUCGACACUCUGCCCAUGGUUUACCACCGUGAGUCAUCCGCCAAGCACUAGGCUUUACUUCUGUGCCUUAGCAUCCUGCUAUCCUCAGCCCACCUCAGUGUUAGUCAAGCAAGAACAAAUGACCACCCUUACCAGCCCUACGUUUGGACAUUCUGAAACUUUCUUACCGGCGCGCUCAUAGGACAGUCCAAAACCAACACUCCUACCUGGACUGUGCGCUUGGCAGACAUUUUCACCAGUGACCAAUCCAGCAAGUAUGGAUGGUACAUUGAGGUAGGGACAUAUUGGUGCCCCAGCAGUAAUCCGGGAAAAAGCUACUGCACUUACCCGGGCUACUGGUUUUGUGGGUACUGGGGUUGUGAAACCAUCGUGACCGGUAACCGGUGGAAACCCCUCAGAAAAGAUGAAUUUUUAGAAGUAACAGGCUGGCCUAGCGGCUGUAUAUCAAAAAGCAAGCACCCCGGAAACUGUACCCACCUUACAGUCGCUGUUUUACAACCCCAAGAUCCAAGUUGGGCCCUGGGAAAAAUGUGGUCAGUGUACAUACGUCGUGAUGCUUCCAUCCUAAAUCAUCCCCGUGACCGUGGCACUGUAAUAGAAAUUAUUAGAUAUCACUCACCCAAGCAAUACAUAGCAGUUGGGCCUAACGAACUUGUAGCUCCCAAAGAAAAAGAGGAGCCACUUACCACAACCGCUGUGCCUAACUCCGUACAAGUUACCCCUAAACCCAUAAACAAUUUAAUGCCCUUUAGGGCAGCACCUGAAACUCCUCCACAUAGUUUGUUUACUAAAAUGUUAUAUGCUGCCUUUAUGUCCCUUAACGCCUCACACCCCAACCUCACCAGGUCUUGUUGGCUCUGUUAUGACUCCAAACCACCUUUUAAUGAAGGAAUAGGCCUCCCCAUAAUGUUUAGUUAUUCCAAAGAAUCUAGCCCCAAACAAUGUAAAUGGGACACUCCCCGUAAAGGAAUUACCCUAAAAGUGGUUUCAGGCCAAGGGAUCUGCAUAGGUAGCCAACCCCUGGCAACACAAAAUAAGCAGCUCUGUAACAUCUCGGUCCCCCUUGACAAACAACACCUUUGGGCCAUCCCUGCACCUAGAAGUAUAUGGGCUUGUCAUACCACUGGUAUCACCCCUUGUGUUUCCAUCAAGCAUUUUGAUGAGUCUAACGAUUUUUGCAUUCAAGUCGUUGUUAUUCCUAGAAUCCUGUACCACACCGACAACGAGGUGAUUCUUCACUUUGAAGCAGGGCUCCAUUUACAAAAGUGAGAAUUGGUGACCACUGCCAGCCUAGCAGUCCUCUUAAGUUUGGGAGGAACGGGCGCUGCUACUAGCAUUUCCGCACUAGUAACACAAAAGCAAAACCUGCUACAGCUGCAGCAAGCGAUAGAUGAAGACCUCCUUGAAAUUCAUAAAAACAUUCUAAGAUUAGAAGAAUCCCUGUUCUCCCUGUUGGAGAUGGUCAUGCAAAAUCAGCGAGGUUUAGAGCUUUUGCUGAUGCAACAAGGAGGACUGUGCGCUGCUUUAAAUGAAGAGUGUUGCACCUAUGUAAAACACUCUGGCCCCAUUCGAAAGUCUAUGGCCGAGCUUAAAGAUAGGCUCCGGCGUCGCAGCCAAAAAUUCCAACAACAUAAUUGGUUCAAUUCUCUUUUUAGCCAAAACCCCUGGAUUACUAUUAUAGUUUCCACCCUAAUAGGACCAGUUAUAACCAUAGUGCUUGCACUUGUGUUUGGACCCUGCUUGCUUAACAAAAUAACCCAGUUUAUUAAAGCUCGUUUAAGUUGAACUGAUUUAUGCUUUUGCAACAAUGACAGUUAGUUUAAAAUAACAGUUAAAAAAGUUUGCAUUUGUUUACUAGCAUGUUUAAAAAUUUAUACUAACACCGCAUUUAUGCAAGUUACAACUUUAACCGUUCAUGGGGAGGGGGGAAAUGUAGUUAGCCAAAGCCGGUUGGAAGAUCUAGGGCUGUACGAGGAGGCAGGGCCCCUUCCUCCCCAUGACGCCACCCAGUUGUAUCGCAGCAACCAGCUUUAAGGAAGUGACGUGGGCACACUGCGGUUACUUAAGUGGGUGCCCACAGGAAAUAAAUUGCAUUUCACCGUUCACCACAUUGGCGUCACGUGUGUUAUGUCCGGCCAGUUUGUAAGUACCGUCGUGGUCUUGCUCCGAACCAGGUUGCACUUGCCCCAGUAAAAAGGCAACACUACCCUCAAAGACAAGAUGUUCUUCAUAGUCCGAUAUUGACUCAAACUCAGAAUGCAGCGUUGGCAACAUUUCUUGCACUGCCACAACUUGGAACUCCACAACUCCCUUACACGAAAAUUAUGCAGGAACCAGAAGAACCUUUCAUAAAAUUUGUAGACCGCCUUUGAGACACCAUAGAGAACACCCCAAACGUGUCUUCUGAAUUGAAACCAACGCUGACAAAAGAAUUGGCAACGCAAAAUGCCAAUGAAGCAUGUAAGCGAUUGAUAGCCACUCUUCAACCUAGUGCCUCUAUUGCUCAGAUGGUCGAAGCAUGCAAAUGGACUCCAUUGUUAUGGCAAGCUGAAAAGGCAAAAAUUCAUGCUUCUGCUAUGGCUGUUGCCCUCAAACAAGUUCCAACUCAAGGAAAGGGUAACCAAGAAAUGAAAGUGGCCUGUUAUUCCCGUGAGCAGGUAGGUCAUUUGAAAAAGAAUUGUCCCCAAAGAAAGAAGCAGAAUCAACCAGCAGAAAGCCAAGUUCCAAAUGCUUUUCCCAGAGAAUGCAUGCAUUGCAAUAAAUGGGGACAUAGAGCAAAUAAAUGUCGUUCAAGAUUUAAGAAAGAUGGAACCCUCCUGUUGGGAAACUUGGUAUCCCGCAGGCCAAUGGACGCGGGGAAAAAAUAUCCUCGGGCUCUGGCUGUCUUCAUGAGCUUGCCGCUGCAACCAGAAGAAAUACAGUAGUCAAUUUGGCCGUGGCAGCAACCGCAGUCAUAUCUAAUGACAAAGUCCAUGUCAUGCCAUCCACAUGUUCUGGACCCCUUGAGAAUGGUCUCUCAGCACUAUUAAUAGACAGAUCACCUGCAUCCAAACAAGGCAUAUUUGUGCUUCCUGGUUGUAUUGAUGCUGAUUAUCAAGGUCCUAUAGGGAUUAUGAUUAAAAUAUUUUCUCCUCCUGUGACUGUACCAGUAGAUCUACAAUAGCACAACUUAUUCCUUUCCACAGCCAGGUUUCAUGCCAUAGUACCAUUGAGAAAAAAGGAGGAUUUGGAUCAACCAGUUCUUUGCAAGUUGCCUUCUGUGAAAAAAUUACUAUGCAAAGACCACAAAGACAAGUGACCUUUAUCAACCUUAUCAACAAAAUUGGUCAUUCAAUUUCUGCUGUAGGUAUGAUGGAUACAGGAUCUGAUGUAACUAUCAUUCCUGCUAGUGCAUGGCCUCCUUCUUGGCCAACGACGAGGGCAUCAUCAGUAAUGGGAAUUAGAGGUGUUAUGGUAACUCAAAUCUCCCAACAAACAGUCAAGGUCCAAGAUGAUGAAGGCAACACUGUUUGGAUCGAGCCUUAUGGAUCAUAGGUUGAGAUGUGCUGAGUCAGUGGGGAAUUUCCCUUUCAUAACAUUUUUGAUAGCGGUCGCUGGUGGCAGCUUUCGCCCAACUAUACAAUUGUCCUGGAAUAACGCAGUAUGGUUCUUGUGAUCACUCGGGUCAAGCAGGGGAUUAUACAAGGGUGAAAAUAAUACUGAUUAGUGCACCUCCAGCAAUUAUCAAUGCCUUUUUCCACCACUCUCCCUUAAAAAUGUUAUCCCACCAAUUGGUUUUAAAUAAUGGGGUCCACUGUUCCACAGGAAGAUGGGUUAGUUUCCUGACGUUGGUAGUUGUAUUUUUAAUAAUAUCACUAUGAUCAUCUAUCCCUACACAACAUUCUGAUGAAUUAAAUUUUCCACACACAGCCUGUUCCUCAGCUAGCAGAUAAUCCAGUGUCAAUCUGUUCUGGUAAAUCAUUGUUCUCAUUUGUCGGGAUUGGGCCGAGAGUAAGUCCAUGACAAAGGUGGACUGGCUGGAAACAAUUUACAAUGGUGCUUGUAACCGAAUCAUCCUAUUCAACAUAUAUAUUGGGGUUCUGUAGCCCCAUGACCCAUUUUGGGGCCAGCUGGCAGGGCCAUAGGUAGCACUAAUUCUUUCUGGUGGCCACUCUUCAUUCCCCCACUUCUGUUCUCCCGCUAUUUGUAUAUCUCUUUUCUUUCUUGUUAACUCAUCAUAAAGGGGUACUCCUAGAUGCUGUCCUUCAACUCAGAGAAGUAGCAAAAAGGAUGUUUUUAUGAUGUCUAGUGUGCAACUACCUGCCCAGUCUUUUGGGAGUGUUACAUAAGCAGUUCUUCUGCAGAGCCAAAAGAGACCUUCUGGGGCCCUCCAAUAUUGUGGUUGCUUCUCCAAAUUAAUACUGUUUUCACUCCAGAAUUUGAAAACCUGGGGAUCACCUAAGAAGAGAUUAGGUUCUCUGGUGAUACAUUCAUAUAAUUUUUCUCUUUCAACAAAUGAGCAGCCCUGUUUCUGUUUCCUGGACCAGUAUAUAUUUGAUGACUUUGGAAUCCGCCAUUGAUGGGUAUCAUUAGACACAUAGUAUCUUUUACAAUGUAGCCCACCUACAUAAAUGAUGUGUUUAGAACCUCUUAUACAUCUACGCUCUUUACCCAUUACUUCUGACUUAAGUUCCAUGUUUCUUCUUCUGGUCUCCCGUCUGGUCCAGGUUCUUCCUUUUCUGUGGAGAUCCAGAAAGGCAUUCCCAAUUAGGGAAAAUGAGAGGCCUCCAGCCCUGUGCCCUCUCCCUGUCUGUCAGCCUUUCGGUCACUCCCACCCUGUUUCCCUGUUGCCCGCCGCUGAGCCUCGCGCACCCGGCCCCGCCGGCACGCAACAGCAGCAGCAACAGCCUCACCAACACCAGCACGUCCAGCAACACAGCCAUGGACACAAACUCACAGGCAAAAUUAAAAAAGUCAUUGCCACAAAAGUUUUGGGAAGUGUCAAAUGGUAAUGUGAAAAAUAGAUAUGGAUUCAUCACCCAAAAUGAUACCAAAGCAGAUGUGGUUGUCCAUCAAACUGCAAUCAAAAAAAAUAACCCCAGAAAAUGUCUCUGCAGUGUAGGAGAUGGAGAAUUUGUGGAAUUUGAUGUAGUACAAGGAGGAAAAGGACCCCAAGCAGCCAGUGUUACAGGGCCUGGUGGAGUUCCAGUGCAAGGAAGCAUUCACACACCAAACUGCAACUACUUUCCACAUCCUAAAAAACGUUGUCCCUCACACAACAACCAAAGAGAUAAAGCCCAAAGCCAACAGCCAUCAAGUCGCAGCAGCAAUCCAAAAGCAAAAAUAGCAUAAAACACCAAUCAGCCGUCCUGCAACAAGAAGCUCAUUCCUCUAUUUGCAAAACCUGCCAAACAGGUAAAUCCCACUCCUUCAAGUGCCUUUCCCCAUUCCCCACUGCCUCCUUACUUCCCUUCCACUUUCCCCUUUUUUCAUCCACAAAAUAAGUCCUUUCAAAAUUUCCCUAAAUCCUAUUACCCUUUCUUCAUGUUCCUUCAAACUCCUACCCCACUUUCCCCUCCAUGGUCUCCCUCCCACAGCCAUGCUUCUCCCUACCUUUACCACCCAGCUGCCAAUCCCUUUUCCCAAAGUUCCUUUUUAAUACAAAGUGGGAGAUGAUAUGGGGGGGAAAGAAAGAAAAAUCUCCCAAGGUAACAACCUUUGUUUUUUACUUCAAAAUUAAUUAUUUCUAUUUACAGUUUCAACAGGUAUUCCACCCCCAUUCUACUUCGUACAAGAUCAAUCACAGCUAACCACACUGCUAACGGCCACCAGAGUGCCAGUCCAUGCUGAAGAAUCCCUUUUCUGACUCAGUUUCCUGACAAGCCAUACCAAGAAAACUUCACCUCUCUUGCUACCAGUUCCAAGAUGCUUCAAAAAUCUGUUCAGACAUUAGAGACUCAAGAAAUAGCUUGCAUUUUGGAAAUUGUUUUAUGAAUGCUUUUAAUUGUUUUUGUCAUUUUGUAUUUUUUACUUACCUCAACCAUUUAAUUUUAAAAUCCUUAAAAGAAACCUUCUUGAUUAAUAAAGAAAAGGGCAGUUGUGGAGACUGAAGUAAUUUCUAAUUAGGAGAAGCAAGCCCCUGUUGUAUUCCCUAGGCCACCCCCGUGCCCUCUCCCUGCCUGUCAGCCUUUCAGUCACUCCCACCCUGUUUCCCUGUCCCCUGGUAAUUGGUCCCUGAUGCUCUCCCUGCCCUGCUCAUCCCAUGUACUAAACCUAAAGCCCCACAAGCCCCUUAGCCUUUGUUCCCUGAACUUUGGACGGUGCACAUGUGUGGCUGAAAUAAAACAUCUCUGUAAAA